GGACAAAGGAAAUCUGGCACCACCAUAUUCCACAAACACAACCCUUUCCUCGUCAGUCCCAUCAUGUCGGUCGUCAGUCAGGUUGUAAGCAGCCUUACAGGCUCCCACCAUGAGUAUGACCUCGUUGUGGUCGGGAGUGGAUUUGCUGGCUCCAUGACGACGUUGAACUUUCUCGAGGAAUGCAAAAGGCUCGGCAGAAGGGGUAGGGUGGCGUUGAUCGAGGCUGGUAAAGAAGGUGAACGAUGCGGUGCAAGCAGGUGGACAAUGGCAUACCUGCGACUGGACAAAGACAACAACUUCGAUUCGGACUGGAAGCACGAAAUGAAGCGCGUCAGCGAGGGGCUGGCGGACCAGGAAUAUUGCGCCAAAAUGGAGAAAGAAGUCCCCAUAACUGCCCAGUAUCUGCUCGACCACGGAGUGAAACUCAACCAUCAUGAUGAGAAGAAUGUCCUGCUGGAGUUCAAUACCAAUCAGCACUUCGUCUUCCCGGAGGGUGGCGGCCAUGCAAUCAUCAACGCCCUGUUCGACCAUAUCCGCAAAUUCGAGAAUGUAACAAUAAUGUGGGAGACGCAAGCAGAACACCUGCUGACCCACGAUGACGGAACUGUCUACGGCGUCAAAGUUCGAAAGGCAGAUGGACACAUGACAAAAGUCCGCGGUAAGAAAGUCAUGUUGGCUUGCGGUGGGUUCGAAGGCAACCGUGAAAUGCUGGGCAAAUAUGUAGGACCACGGACAGAGCAUCUUGAGCUCAUUGCACCUGGCCUCAAGUACAAUACCGGCUUCGGCCUGAAGAUGGGGUUAGAAGUUGGUGCUGCCGUGGCAGGUUCGAUGAGUGGUAUGCACUGUGAACUCGUCGACAUCCGAGCCAAGAAGCCUGAUGCAGUAAUCUGGGGCCACAACUACGGUAUUGUGGUGAACGAGCACUCCAAGAGGUUCUAUGAUGAAGGCAAACGACACCUGUUUUCCACGUUCGAGAUGAUUGCCCUUGAGACCUGGCGAGAUCAUAACCAGAAAUCCUACUUCAUCACGGACAGUCCCAUCAUGGAGCGCUUCCGACCAGGCUGGGUCUAUGAUACCACAGACCAAGAGCCUGAAAAGAGCGACACCAUCGAGGGCUUGGCCGAAAAGCUGGGGCUGGAUCCGAAAGAGCUGAAGAAGACCGUGGAUGAGUUUAACGCGGCCAUCAACGAUAAGGAAUUCAACCUGAUGGCACUUGAUGGCAAGAGGACACAGGGCCUGAACCCUGACAAGACCAACUGGGCCAACCCCAUCAACAAACCCCCGUAUUACGGAUAUCCAAUGAAAGCACAACUUACCUUCACUUACGGCGGACUCAAGUGCGACCUUGAUUCGAGGGUGCUUGCCACGACAGGGGUCCCGAUUCCAGGACUGUACUGUGCCGGAGAGUUGAGCGGCUUGUUCUAUAACGAAGUAAGUUCAUCCUUCCAAAGUAAAGAUAUGUUGCUGACCCAGCUGCAGUACCCGCCCGCAACGAGUGUGCUCCGCUCGCUCACCUUUGGCCGCAUUGCCGGCCGCGACGCCGCUCAAGCUCUGUAA